UCUGCUACGGGGUGCAAUCUGAUUAAACAAAGUUAACAGUAACAUUUGUAAGGAAAAGAUAGAUACGAGGUCCGAGUUAGAAAAAAGAACCAAACAAACAAGCAAAUUAAAAUAUGUUCUGUAAUGAAAAACAGAGAGGAAGGUGGAUGAUCCCUUUAAAGAGAGAGGGAGGGUACUCGUGGAGGCUCAACUGAAACGAUGCGUCACGAAGCUGACACAAAAUGGCCCCAACAUCUUUCUUCCUUCUCUUCUUCUUAUAACGUCGAUACAUUCAUCACAAUAUCCGCCUCUUAACCCUUAACUAAAAGCUAGGUUUCGCAUUCCUGCAUGUUAUCGGUUGAUCAUCAGUUGUAGAGUCCGGUUUAGUCUUUUUUAGCAACAUGGCGGAGACGACGAAGGUGAUGUACAUAGUGGUAGUGGACGACGAUGACGUUGAUGGGAAUUGGAAAGAAUGGUUUAGGUAUACGCGUCCGGUUUUGCAGAGUACUCUUCAGCUAAUGGGUUGCAAAGCCCGUCACGCCUUCAAGAUUAGCCGCAGGGUUUUCGAGCUAAUAAGAAGUGAGGGCUCACUAAUACUUUCACCCUCGCAUGCGAAAGAAUCUGUAUUUAACAAGACAAGUGAUGCUCCUUCGGCUACUACCGAUGAUGUUGACAAGAGUAGAAGUAAGCCCUUUGAGAUGCAUAAAAGGCGCACAACCGUUGUUGUUCCUCGAGAAAUAUUCGUUAACGUUGUAUGUGACGCUCUUGCUGAAUACAAGUAUGUGGGUCAUGACCAAAGAGCAGACUUGAUUCUAGCUUGCAAGAUUCGAGAAAGGAAAGAAUCUGUGACUGUUCUACUAUGCGGCACUAGUGGCUGUGGCAAAUCUACACUCUCCGCACUUCUGGGCAGCAGGCUGGGGGUUACAACGGUCGAGGAUGACACUACCACUGUUGCAGCUGCUUUGUUAAGUCACAAGCACAUGGCUGUAGAAGGAUUCAAGGCUCAAAGCGAGAUGGUGAUUGAUAAUCUCGAUAGGCUCAUUACAUCAUGGGAAGAGAGGAAAGAGUCUGUGGUUGUUGAAGGUGUCCAUCUAAGUCUUAACUUUGUGAUGGGACUGAUGAAGAAGCAUCCAUCGAUUGUUCCUUUCAUGGUUUACAUCUCAAACGAGGAGAAACACUUGGAACGGUUCGCGGUCAGAGCCAAGUACAUGACACUUGACCCCGAGAAAAACAAGUACGUCAAAUACAUACGCAACAUCAGGACGAUACAGGACUACCUCUGUAAACGAGCCGACAAACAUCUCGUUCCCAAGAUAAACAACACCAACGUCGACAAGAGUGUGGCUGCGAUCCACGCCACGGUCUUCUCCUGCCUGCGUAGGAGAGAAGCAGGAGAGCAGCUCUAUGAUGCUACGACUAAUACCGUCUCUGUGAUCGACGACGAGUACAGGAACCAGUGUACAGCUGACUCGUUGAGUUCCAAAGGAAUGUUUCAGCUGAUCCAGAGGAAAGGCUCUUCCAGGCAUCUGAUGGCUCUUCUCAACACUGAUGGCACUUUCUCAAGAACAUGACCUCUUGGUGGUAAUGGUAAGGUUGAUGAUGAGACAGUGGAGGAAAAUGGAAUGGUGCAUCCGGUUUAUGGAUAUCUACAGAGAGCUGAACCGGUUAAUCUUCAGUUUGGUCUGUUUGGGAUCAGUGCUUGGCCUAGUGAUGGAGCUACGAGCCGUGCUGGGAGUGUAGAUGACUCUAGAGCUGACUUUGGUGAAAAUUGCAGUAGGCAUUACUCUUCUUGCUGCAGUUCUCCUAGGAUGUCUGAAGGAACCUCCAAAGAGCUAAAGGAGGAGCAGUCCGUGCAUGGGAGCGAUGAAGAAGGUGAGGACGAUCCUCCUGAUGAGCAAGAUACAGAUUUUAGCGAUGAGGAUGAUAACAAGCAAGACCAUGAAGAGGUUGGAUCAGUUGAUGAGCAAUCUACAAAGUCAGAUGAGGAGUACGAUGAUCUUGCAAUGGAAGACAAAAGUUACUGGACUGAUAACGAGGAAGAGGCACGAGAUACGGUGGCGGUAAUGUCUGAGAAGCCGGCGAGAAAAGAUGAUAAGUAUGUGCAGAACUUAGACCUUUUCCUUCGGACCGCGGCGGCGAACAAGAAGCUGGUUGAGCCGCUUGAGCUAUGCGCAUCGCUGCUCACGUGUGAGAAUGGAAACAGAAGACUCUGGUCGGGUAAAGAGAAGAUGAAGAAGCGUUCUCUAAGCAUCUCGGCACUCGGAAAACACGGGUUGGGUUUGGGGGAUCCGAUUCUCUUGGGUGCCCCAUGA